UUUGAAGGAAAAUAUUAGGAUAUCUGAUCCAAGCUCUUCAUCCAAGCUCUGAGUGCAUGAGUCAUUAAAUAAUGCAUUUUUGAGCUUGAUAGCCACAGGUAAAAAUUAUACUAAACAUAAUAUGUGAACCCAUCUCAAGGACAAACAAUUCCAAAUUCAGCCCUCCAAAAAUAAAGAAGGUUCAAUUUAAGAUUUUUUCAUUUCAAGACUCAGUAAAUAAUAUGUAAUUUUGUAGUGCCUGAGACAGAUCAGACACGCAAUUAUUUGUUGUAUUUAAUAAAUAAUCCACAGUAGAUCUCACCCAACAAAAAAAAUCACGUGCCUCUUAAACCCGUCACAUUUUAACCUUGACGUCACUGAAUCGUUUUCUGAGUUUUACAACAGUCAGUCAUUGUUUGCGGACACCACAGAAAUGAAAAUUAGGGACAAAUAGCACAAAAAAUGGAACAAAAAGACAAUUUGUUAACCAUUUCUUGACUAGUUUUGACUCCAAUAUGGGAUUUUUUUUAUUUUAAAUGAAUCUCUGCACAUGGCUGACAAUUAUAAGUCUACCACCUCAUUUAAAAUAUUUGCCUUACAUUCUUAAUGUUUAAUUUUUCCUAUUUUUUAAAAAUGUUCUACUAUAAGAUUCUUCUGAUGUCUGGCUUUGUUCAUUCCUGAUCACGGUAGCGAUUGAAAUGCAGGAAGGAAAAGGCAGAGCACAGCCUUGAUAAGCUUUCCUGUAAAUGUUUUUUUUUUGUUUUUUUUGUCAGUCUGUGAACACCCUGCAGUUCUGACCAUUUGCUUUCUCCUCGCCUAACUGACCCUAAAAAUACCAGACAUCUUGAGACGACCUGUGCACAUACGCCAACUAAUACAAUGGGAAGUUUGAGGUUCCAUGCAUUUCUCCUGCUGCUCUUGUACACUAGUGUGGUGCAGAUAACUGAAGAAGUGAUACACAUGGGCUUGUUUCCUGAAGCUGCUGAUUACUCAUUCUACAACUGUCGGAAAGAGAUGCUACAAAUGGUCACAAAAAGUGGAGGUCUGCUGCAGACAGAGCUUAACAACAAUGCUGAUUUUAAAACUAUGUGGCGAAACGCAACAUCCAAAAAGGCCAUUCCAGGGAGUACACCGGAGCACAUGGCUGCGCUGCAGAGCUAUGUUGAAGCUACUCCUGAAUUUCAUGAAAAAUUCAAGAAGUUGGUUCAGAACAAUGGCAGGGGCAGUUCGACUUCCCAAGACGAGUUUCCUUUCAAAUCUCUUUUCUUCCUGCUGACAGAUGCCAUGCAACUCGAAGGCCAAAAGAAAUGUCGUACAGUGUACUCUGGCACAGAGAAGGAAUAUAGCACCAAAAUUGGGGAGAAAGUACGUUUUGCGAGUUUUUUCCCAGCAAAACUGCAAUAUACUUCUGCAACUGAGGAUGCAAGUGUAGAUGAAAACCCUGGGACUGUUUUCAACAUCACGUCUUGUUCUGUGAUCAGCCUUGAAGAUUAUGGGUGUAGUUCAGAGGAAAUGGAUGCGCUAAUAUCACCCACUGACGUUUUCACAGUUGAGGAUAUCACAACGGUUAUGAAUAUUAAUGAUGAGUUUAAAAAGAUCACCUUGGUACAUUCUCACUUUUACAGUUCUUAUAACUGCAGCGGCCUUGCCAGCUUGUCUGAAGAAUCUAAAGAAUCAUCUUCAAGUUUCCCGAGUUCCAGUUUCCUGAAUCUGAUGGCUUCCUUUCUCAUGCUGUGCUUCUACACGCUAAUUCUGUAAUAAACUCAGAAAUGCAUGAAAUCAUGUGGGAAUAGUAAGUUACAUUCAUUCUAUUAAUGAAUGUUUACCACAUGCAGUGUUCUUGACUUAUAAGGAUGAAUUUAUCACAAUAAUAAAUUACUUUCAUUAUUCAUUUUAAUGCAUGUUCUCUGUUCUCAUUUUAAUCUAAUCUUUAAGACCACUAAAAACCGUAAAAAUGUAGGACUAUUUAAAAUGAUAAAAUAGGCCUAUAUAAUUUUUUAGUGAAACUAAGCUGUAGUGUUCCUUGAAAUUGCCCAGGCAUUGCAAAAAACAUCCAUGAAUUCAUUUUUAUAUUCCCAUAAAGUAUAUUGGAAAGACGCUCAAGGUGUUAUAUGAAGUACCUCACACCACCAGAGGGCGCCAUUGCAACAGACCUCAUAUCACCUGCAGUCAUUUUUGUCAUUUCUGUCAUGUUGCAAAUACAUUCAUGAUACAGUUUCACUAAAUGGUGAAUUCACUUAAGUGUUUUAGUUGAAAUUUCACACCUUCUGUUUAAAUAC